AUGUCCAUUAAUAUUUGCAGAGACAACCAUGAUCCUUUCUACCGUUACAAAAUGCCUCCAAUCCAAGCUAAGGUUGAAGGUAGAGGUAACGGUAUUAAGACAGCUCUUUUAAAUAUCGCCGACGUUGCUCGUGCUUUAAACAGACCAGUCCCUUAUGUUGUUAAGUAUUUUGGUUUUGAACUAGGUACCCAAACUUCCAUCUCUGUGGACAAGGAUCGUUAUUUAGUUAACGGUGUCCACGAACCAGCUAAAUUACAAGAUGUUUUAGAUGGUUUCAUUAACAAAUUCGUUUUAUGUGGUAGUUGUAAGAAUCCAGAAACUGAAAUCAUUAUCACUAAGUCCAGCGAUUUAGUAAGAGAUUGUAAAGCCUGUGGUAAAAGAACCCCAAUGGAUCUAAGACAUAAACUUUCUUCUUUUAUCCUAAAGAAUCCACCUGAAUCCAUUAAUACUGGUUCCAAAAAGAGAAAAGCCGCUACAGCCUCUGCCAAUGUCCGUGGUGGUGGUGUUUCUAUUAGUGAUAUCGCACAAGGUAAGACCGCCAAUGAUGCAGCUGAUAGUUCUUUACCAGCUACAGCUGAUGGUGAAGAUAACGAUGAAUUGACCCGUCAAAUUCAUGCUGCCGCCUCUAACUUAGAAGACUUAGAAGUUAAGGAUGAUGACUGGGCUGUUGAUAUGUCUCAAGAAGCCAUUAGACAACGUGCUAAGGAAUUACAAGUUGAUUCUGGUGCCAUCGACGCUGGUCUAACCAAAUUAGAUGAAUUUGGUGAAUGGAUAUUAAAAACCGAUGAGUUACCAAGUGAUAUUGAAUUAUAUAAGAAGGCCUCCGAAUUAGAUUUAUUGAACGAGCCAAAGGUCGCCGCUGUGCUUGCUCAAUGUUUAUUUGAUGAAGAUAUUCUAAAUGAAAUUGUUCCACAUGCUCCAUUUUUCAAGAAAAUAUUCACCUCAGAAGAAUUUGAAAGAAAUUUCCUUGGUGGUAUUGAAAGAUUCUUAGGUCUAGAACAUAAAGAUAUGAUCCCACAAUUACCAAAGAUUUUAGUACAACUAUACAACAACGAUAUUGUCUCUGAAGAAGAGAUCAUGAGGUUUGGUACUAAGAGUUCCAAGAAGUUUGUUCCAAAGGAUGUCUCUAAGAAGGUCCGUAGAGCUGCAAAACCUUUCAUUACUUGGUUAGAAAAUGCUGAAAGUGACGAUGAAGAAUCAGACGAAGAGUAA